AUGUCCGAGCCGACAGCGCCAAGUCGACCGAUCGCCCGGAGAAAGCGAAGACCCUUGUCUUGCUCUCUCUGCCGACGACGGAAACUGGCUUGCGACCGUGAAUAUCCGUCCUGCAGUCGAUGUCGAAAAACCGGGAACUCUGAUUCCUGCUCAUACGAGGACGCUCCUGCUCUGUCGCGUAACAAUCAGCGAAGAUCAGAUGUCUCGGGGCACAACAGACCCGUGCUUACUGCUACCCCGGUCCUUGGGAACACGACGACCUCGUCUGCUUCGCUAGAAGGCUAUACAGCCAAUGAUAACAAUCGACCCAUCGUGCAAGACCUCACAGAACACUUCCCCGAGCUUCGUUCUUACAUGAAGGAGACGAUCAAGCACCAUGCUUCUCUACCCGGUGUCCAAAAAGAACUAAAAGCAUUGGACACGAAAUGGAAAUAUGAGAAACCAAGUACUCUUCCAGUCAAAACUGCGGACCUGUUGCUGUUGCUACCAGACCAGGAACAUAUGGACGCAGCUAUUCGCCUAUAUUUCGAAACUUUCGAAACGAUGUACAGAAUUGUGCAUAGACCGACUUUCGUGGAGGAAUAUGAUCAGUUGCAGAAGGAUCGAUCAGCUGCAAAGCCCGGAUUCAUUGUCCUCAUGUUAUUGAUUAUGGCCACCGUCAGCUGCACAACGGCAACUGACCAAACUUACGUAGGUAGCAGUAGUCUCGGUCGAGAACAGGGAUCACUGUGGAUUGAAACAGCAGAAGCCUGGCUUGGAAAGCAGAGCAAGAAAAAUAUCUACUUGGUCAUAUGGCAGAUUCGCUGUCUACUCGUCCUCUCAAAACAGAUGUGCCGCUACAAGAAGAAGCGCAUGUGGUCGGUGGCAGGUGACCUGGUGAGAGAAGGAAUGGCGGCUGGCUUUCAUCGCGACCCAAGUCGUUUGGGAGGCAAGAUAUCCUUUUUCGACCAGGAGAUGCGCCGGCGACUUUGGGCGACAAUGAUUGAGCUAGAGCUACAGGCUUCGGUUGAGCGAGGGAUGCCGUCGGCUUUAGCUGGAAUUCAAAUGGAUUGUGCCCCUCCGGUUGAUAUCGAUGAUGAAGGUCUGAGACCCGAAUCCGAUUCUACAGAGAUGCCGGGAUUGCGCGGUCACUGUACCUCGACCUCGUUCUUGCGUUUAUGUAGGAGUAGCCUGGACCUGCGCGUAUCAUUAAAUUCUCGGAUGAAUGAUCUGACCUCGGAUUUGCCAUAUGAGGAUACCCUGAGAUACGAAGACCUGAUUAUGAGUGAACUCCAGAAGAUCCCCUCUCUAACCGACAGCAGAAACGAUACUACUGACAAAAGCCUAUCUCAGAUGGCAAGGGUGGUGUUGGAUCUGCAACUGCGGCAAUUCUUGGUCUUACUGCACGCCCCCUUUGCCCGCAAGCGAGAAAAUAAUACUCGAUACGCAGUGUCAAGGAUGGUUUGUUUCAACGCGGCUGCCAGCAUGAUUGACCAGCAUUGGCGGCUGGUACAGGCUGGGAAUCCCAUGCUAUUGCUUUUAAGACAUGACUACUUCCGUGGAGCGUUAAACCUUUCUCACUACGCGUAUAUAUCCUCAGGCAUCCAGCCCGAUAUUUGUGCCCCAAUCAAUCACAGUGCAAUCUUGCAAUAUAUCCAAAAUGCUCUGUCCAUGUUGGAGGACAGCAUCACUUGUCUUGGAACUGGGUAUACGUACCACUGGUACAUUUCUGCUGCAAUUUCGUUUCUUCGAUCACAGUCACAGCCGACAAAGUCUAGCACGCUUAAGCAGGAAGCGAUUAACCAAGUCGUGAGGCAAUAUUACCGAGUGCUUGCAUCGCAAGAACAAUUCCCUCGUGCGAAGGAGAAGAUCUAUUCCUCACAAUUGAGACAGGUAACUCAACUCGAAUACUUCCCUGAAUGUUGGAAUGGGGAAGGGUAUAUGUUGAUUAGUAUUCCACAGGGUGACCCCUCGGAAGCUGAGCGCCAGGUCGCUAGCGAUGAUGUAUUGGACCCGGCGGAAAUGUCCUUGGACGAUGUCGGAUUUUCUCAGUUCGAUCCAACUGUUCCCUCAAUGGAGCAAUAUUUCUUUGGCGAUCCUGCCGCUUGGACAUUCGACAAUCUGUGGGAGGUUGCAUAG